AUGGCUAGUUCAAGAUCAAUGAAGAAGGAAACGGACAAGAGACCAAACACUCUGAAUAAUGACAGACACUCUUCUGUAGUUGCUAUAAAAUCACUUCCAAGAGAUUUGUUAGUAGAAGUGGUUGCAAGCGUAGCUUCUCAUUCUUUCAUUGAUCUUCACAACCUGAAAAUGUGUUCAAAAGAUUUUCUUGAUGCUACUGAGGAUAAAUAUGUGUGGCAGCAAGUUUCUUUGGAUGCUUUUCCUUUAAUUCAAUGGUCUUCAAAUGACAAAACAUCAUCGUUCUUGGAGCAAUGUAGAAAAAGUGAAAACAUAGAGAGCUUGUAUAGAGAAGGGCUACUUGAAUAUUCAAAGAGCUUGUAUAGAGAAGGGCUACUUGAAUAUUCUAAUUAUUCUGGUGGAAAUAUUGAUGGUCUUGAAAUUUUGAAGAUUGCUGCUCAAAAGGGCCACAAGGAAGCAAAUUAUGUGUGCGUGAAGGAGGCCUAA